UCCUUUAAUCUAAAACAUUUCCGACGUAACUCCGGCACCGACAAAGAUUCGAGAAGAUAUUUUUUGUUGAUCAACAAGAUUUUCAAUUUUCUUCCUUUGCCUGAAACAGUGAUGAUUCAAGAUUUGGAGCUAAUCCUAACAAAGAAAAGGCGGAGAGCUUAGAAGUAUCGACGACUAGCUGAGGCACAAUCUUCAUAUAAAGCUAUGCUUGAGAAGAUGAUUCGAGAUGCCAUGCACCAUGAUCUCUUGUGGUGUUAAAUGCAAAUCAAAUAGGUUGGAAGGGAUCAACGAAGACAGUGCAGCAAGUUGGCUACCAGUGGCAUGUCCUCCACCGGAAACUCCUACUGAGUCUAUGGAGUUCCUUGCAAGAUCAUGGAGUCUGUCAGCUAAGGAACUCUCUAAAGCUCUUUCUCACACAAACCAAACAAGUUAUGUAGAUGAGAAGAUGUCAGUGUCUUCAUUACAAGCACAACAUGGGAAGACCUCGAUUAUAGAGGAACCACAAGAACAACCACUACCCAACUCUGAUAGCCCUCCAGUGUCUCCGAGGGGAAGUGAUGAUACAAAGGGUAAAAACAAACGGAGAAGCAAGAAGGGAAAGGGGGAAUUGUUUUUACUGCAUCAGGCUCUCAAUCCAGAUUUCCUCUCCAGUCAUCAGUUGCUGAAAGCUGGGCUCUACAGGACUGUGAUGCAUGGCAAGACAAUGGGUAGAUGGAUGAAAGAUCAAAAAGAAAAGAAAAAACAAGAGCUUAGAACUCACAGUGCCCAGGUGCACGCAGCAGUUUCAGUAGCGGGGGUUGCAGCUGCAGUGGCUGCUCUUGCAACCUUAUCAGUAACUUCUUCAAAGAAGUCCAUAAACCAACACAAGACAUCUUCAAAGAUGUCAACUGCAAUUGCAUCUGCAGCAGCUUUAGUUGCAUCCCACUGUAUUGAAAUUGCAGAGGACAUGGGUGCUGAACAGGAUCAAAUCUUAUCAGUUGUAAAUUCAGCUAUCAAUGCAAGAACUAGUGGAGACAUAAUGACUCUAACUGCUGGAGCUGCUACAGCAUUGAGAGGUGCUGCCACUCUAAGGGCGAGGCUACAGAAAGGAAAUAGAGCUGCAGCUGUUGCCCUAGCUGAUGAGUGUGUCGAAGGUAACAAAGAAUCAAAUGUUACAGCAGCUCUUAGUUUUGUUGCCAAAGGGGGAGAACUGCUCAAACGUACAAGAAAAGGAGAUCUCCACUGGAAACAAGUCUAUUUCAACAUAAACUCAGAUUGCCAGCAGGUGAUAGCUAAAAUGAAAAGCAAGCAUAUGGCAGGAACAUUCACAAAGAAAAAGAAAUGUGUGGUCUCCGGAGUCUAUUGUGACAUACCAGCAUGGUGUGGACGAGACGAGGAACACGACGAGCAGAAGUGCUACUUUGGGAUACAAACUGCUGACAGGAUGAUUGAAUUUGAAUGCAGAAACAAAGGGGAGAAACAAAUGUGGGUGGAUGGGAUUCAACAAAUCUUGUGCUGCCGCAUGAGCAUGACAUGACU